ACAAUGUCCAGCUGCUAAAGAAUAGUCUUGGAGGUAACGUACGAGGUAGAACCAUUUCGCUCUGUUUCUCUGUCUUCUACUAUACAUUGUGGCGCCGGUCUUCACUGUCAACACAACACAAAUAUUUAAAAACUGCGCUUAGCUUUCUCCCUUUUCUUUCCCUAUCAACCUCAACCCGAAGACCCAACAAGAUUCUCUCUUUGAAUUUGAUUCCAGCAACAUGAACGAUCUUCUCGCAGAUUCUAAUUAUAAUGAUGCUAAAGACAAUGGUUCUAGAGAAUCAGACAUUGAGAUGGGCACUCGGCUUCCGAGGAGUCAAUCUGAUUCGGGACUGGAUUCUUUCAAUAAGCAGAUACAAGAGGUAGAGAAACAGGUGGAUAAGCUCUCUUACUUACUCAAGAGCCUUAAGGAUGCUAAUGAGGAGUCUAAAGCAGUUACAAAAGCAUCAGCCAUGAAAGCAAUCAGGAAACGGAUGGAGAAAGAUGUGAACGAAGUUGGAAAGAUUGCUCGCAAUGUGAAAGGGAAAAUAGAAGCAAUUAACAAAGAUAACAUGGCAAAUCGGCAGAAGCCUGGUUGUGGCAAGGGGACCAGUGUUGACAGAUCAAGAAUGAAUUUGACAAAUUCCUUAGCGAAAAAGUUCAAAGACGUGAUGACAGAAUUUCAGGCACUGAGACAGAGGAUAGAUGAUGAAUAUCGCGAGGUUGUUGAGAGAAGGGUCAUAACAGUGACUGGAACUAUACCAGAUGAAGAGACAAUUAACAAGCUGAUUGAAACUGGAAACAGUGAGCAAAUAUUUCAGAAGGCUAUUCAAGAGACAGGAAGAGGACAGGUCCUAAAUACAUUAGAAGAAAUUCAGGAGAGGCAUGAUGCAGUAAAAGAAAUCGAGAGAAAGCUUCUUGAUCUUCAUCAGAUUUAUCUAGAUAUCGCUGUUGUGGUUGAGUCUCAAGGAGACUUUCUGGAUAACAUCGAAUCCCAGGUGAGAAACACAGUGGACCAUGUACAUAUGGGCACAGAUGCUCUUCAGACAGCAAAGAACCUGCAAAGGAAAUCCAGAAAAUGCAUGAUGAUUGCCAUUAUUUUGCUGCUCCUUAUUGCCGCCAUCAUUGUGCUCUCUAUCCUCAAACCCUGGAAGAAGUAAUCCUGCAAGUCAAACACCCCACUAUACUCUUUUUUUUUUUCUUUUUAAUUUCCUUAAUCCCUUUUCUUUAUACUCCGUAACAUAAUAAAGUGUCGGGUUGAACAGAUUGGAGUGUAGACUGUAGAAUAGUGUUGGAUUGAUGUGUUUCAUUUCAACUGAAAAGUUUAAACUGAUAGUGAAAUUGUAAAUUUAUUAUUUUA